AUGUUGGGUUUAAGAAACGGUUUGAAGACUGGUUUGAAGUCUGUUGCUCCAGCCAGAUUAAUUUCUACUUCUGCAGUUGCUGCCAAGUCUACUUACAGAACUCCAGAUUUCGGAGACUAUAUCAAGGAGAAUAACGAUGCUGACAAAGGUCGUUCUUAUGCUUACUUUAUGGUUGGUUCUUUAGGUUUGUUGUCCUCUGCCGGUGCCAAAUCCACCGUUGAAACUUUCAUCGCUUCUAUGUCUGCAUCUGCAGAUGUUUUGGCUAUGGCUAAGGUCGAAGUCAACUUGGCUGCUAUUCCAGAAGGUAAAAAUGUCGUUGUGAAAUGGCAAGGUAAGCCAGUUUUCAUCAGACACAGAACCGACCAUGAGAUUCAAGAAGCUAACAGUGUUGAUAUGUCAGCUUUGAAGGAUCCUCAAACUGAUUCUGACAGAGUUCAAAAGCCAGAAUGGUUAGUCAUGUUGGGUAUCUGUACUCAUUUGGGUUGUGUUCCUAUCGGUGAAUCUGGUGAUUUCGGUGGUUGGUUCUGUCCAUGUCACGGUUCCCAUUACGAUAUCUCCGGUAGAAUCAGAAAGGGUCCAGCUCCAUUGAACUUGGAAAUCCCUCAAUAUGAAUUCGAUGGUGAAAACUUGAUUGUCGGUUAA